ACAGGACAUUCACCAAUCCAUAGUAUUAUAUUAUCACAUUUAAAGGAGUUUGAUUGGUUCACUUGCUCACUUCUCUUCCCCACCAUCUUGAAUUAUGUCCUCCUGAUUAUCACGUCCGUCGUUACAACAGGAACUGGUUCAAAUCUCGAUCUAAUGGAAACGCUCUCUCCGUUUUCUCUGCUGGUUUUCUCUGUCGUUCUAGGGUUUGUCAUGCCUUGCGCCAACGGUCUGCUUAAACCGAGCACAAACUACACCUCGUUUGUGUACAAUAACUGCUCCGGCGACACAUUCACGGACUCAAAUGGAUUAUCUCAUUCCCAGACGCUCUCAACCCUGUUCCAGGAACUGGUCUCUCGCUCCUACCAAUCCAAGUUCUACAAGGCCACAGUGGGAGACUCUCUCUCCGGCGUCUCCGGCCGGUUCCAUUGCAAUAACGCUCUGACAGACUACCAGUGCCAUCAGUGCGUCGCUAGGAUCCCCGAGAUAUCGCGUACUCUAUGCAGCAAGUCAAUCGCGGGUAAGAUUCGGCUCUCCGGGUGCUACCUCCAGUACGAGACCGACCAGUUCUCAAUCAGGAAGGCGGAGAUCUUGCCCCGUGGUGGCGGCGCUGGCGUAUCCAAGUAUGGGAUCGAUCACAAGAACUGCGACGAGUCGGGCGAAGCGGGGGGGAUCGAGGGGUUUGUGGAGAAGAGAGACGCGGCUCUCGAAGCGCUCGAGGAAGGCGUGGUGCAGGGGAGAGAGGGAGCGGGAGGGAGGUACGAGACGGAGUACGGGCCGUUCAAGGUGGAGGCGGAGUGCGACGCCGAUCUGGGGCCGUGCGACUGCGGGGAGUGCGUGAACGUGGCGGUGGAGGUGGUGAAGGAGGAGUGCCCACAGUCAGUCAACGGUGGGGUAUUCCUCGACCGAUGUUCGGUGAGCUUUCAGUAUUAUUACGGGGAGGCGGAGGGGGAGGCGGAGGCAACGGCGGUAAUUGGUAUCCAGGGCGUGGAAAUGGAGAAGAAACAGGAAAGCAAAUAGCGAUCGUGCUGGGAGGAGCUGGAGCUCUGGUGUUAGGCUUUCUCUUCUUGUUGCUUAUCAGAUCGUGCGGCAAGAAAGACGAUGACUGUUGAGGAGAACUCACGAGUCUUCCAAGCCACACGCAGCCUUUGGCUACUCUCUCACUCUAAGAGAGAGAGAGAGAGAGAGAGAGAGAGAGAGAUGAUGCAGAUGGAGCAGAUAUGACUUUUGGGGACUACAUCAAUUUAUUUGGCUUUAGAUACGUGACUUGUGAAAUGUCACUUUCUUUCUAAUUAGGGUCAACUUGUUAGAAAGGGCGGAUUUCACUGUACAUGGACGUGAUUGUUCAUAUAGUGUCUUGUGAUUAUAAUUUAAUCCAUGCCUUUUUCAUUUUUUU